UUCUUCUUCUUUUAGACCUUUGGGAUUUCUCCACCUCCCACCAUCACCAGAGAAACCCUACUGAUGGUGUAAUUCAUAAGGGGAAGAGCCUUUUUAAAACGCUGGGGUUGCUGGAGUGGUCGAAUUUUCCCUGGAAUUGAGUGAGAAAUUCAGAAGACUGAAGCCCAGGCUCACAGUCUACCUUUCACGGAGGCCCAGCCGUGAGAGGACAGAAGAAGGCACGUGGCGAAUCAUGACAGCAGACAAAGAAAAGGACAAAGAGAAAGAAAAGGACCGGGACAGGGACCGGGACAGGGAACGGGACAAGAGGGAGAAGGCGCGGGAGAGCGAGAACUCCCGGCCUCGCCGGAGCUGCACCCUGGAAGGAGGGGCCAAGAAUUACGCUGAGAGUGACCACAGCGAAGAUGAGGACAACGACAACAACAGUGCCACCACGGAGGAGUCCACAAAGAAGAACAAGAAGAAGCCCCCCAAGAAGAAAUCGCGCUACGAGAGGACAGAUAACGGGGAGAUCACCUCCUACAUCACGGAAGAUGAUGUUGUCUACAGGCCCGGAGAUUGUGUAUACAUUGAGAGUCGCCGACCAAACACCCCAUACUUCAUCUGUAGCAUUCAAGACUUCAAACUGAGCAAACGGGACCACCUUCUGAUGAACGUCAAAUGGUACUAUCGCCAGUCUGAAGUCCCAGAUUCCGUCUACCAACAUUUAGUGCAGGACCGACACAAUGAGAAUGAUUCUGGGCGUGAGCUGGUCAUUACGGACCCGGUGAUCAAGAACCGAGAGCUCUUCAUUUCGGACUACGUCGACACCUACCACGCCGCUGCUCUCAGGGGGAAGUGUAAUAUCUCCCAUUUCUCUGACAUUUUUGCUGCUAGAGAGUUCAAAGCUCGAGUGGAUUCCUUUUUCUACAUCUUGGGCUACAAUCCAGAAACAAGGAGGUUGAACAGCACGCAGGGCGAAAUCCGGGUCGGGCCCAGUCAUCAGGCAAAGCUUCCAGAACUGCAGCCUUUCCCUUCGGGAGAUAACGACACUGUGACACAACAUGAGGAGCUGGUUUGGAUGCCCGGGGUCAACGACUGUGACCUGCUUAUGUACCUGAGGGCAGCACGGAGCAUGGCCGCCUUUGCAGGGAUGUGCGAUGGAGGAUCCACGGAAGAUGGCUGCGUCGCAGCCUCCCGCGAUGACACUACACUCAAUGCGCUCAACACACUACAUGAAAGCAACUACGACGCUGGCAAAGCCCUGCAACGCUUGGUGAAGAAGCCCGUGCCCAAACUCAUCGAGAAGUGCUGGACGGAAGACGAAGUGAAACGCUUCAUUAAAGGACUCCGACAGUAUGGAAAAAACUUCUUCAGGAUCCGAAAAGAGCUGCUUCCCAAUAAGGAAACGGGAGAACUGAUCACCUUCUAUUACUACUGGAAGAAAACCCCUGAAGCUGCAAGUUCCCGGGCUCACCGCAGGCAUCGGAGGCAGGCUGUGUUCCGGAGAAUUAAGACCCGAACGGCUUCCACGCCCGUUAACACCCCCUCCAGGCCCCCCUCCAGCGAGUUCUUGGAUUUGAGUUCGGCCAGUGAGGAUGAUUUCGACAGUGAAGACAGCGAGCAGGAGCUGAAGGGCUACGCCUGUCGCCACUGCUUCACCACCACCUCCAAGGACUGGCACCACGGCGGGCGAGAGAACAUCUUGCUGUGUACCGACUGCCGCAUCCACUUCAAGAAGUACGGGGAGCUCCCCCCCAUCGAGAAGCCUGUGGACCCGCCCCCCUUUAUGUUUAAGCCCGUCAAAGAGGAAGAAGAUGGACUCAGCGGGAAGCAUAGCAUGAGGACACGGCGGAGUCGAGGCUCGCAGAUGUCUACACUACGCAGUGGCCGUAAAAAGCAGCCCACCAGCCCUGAUGGUAGAGCCUCCCCUAUCAACGAAGACAUCCGGUCCAGCGGCCGCAACUCUCCCAGCGCCGCCAGCACUUCGAGUAACGAUAGCAAAGCAGACUCUGUGAAGAAGUCGACCAAGAAGAUAAAAGAGGAGGCAUCGUCUCCGCUCAAGAGUUCCAAGCGACAGCGAGAAAAGGCAGCGUCUGACACGGAGGAGCCUGAAAGAAUCAACGCCAAAAAAACCAAAACUCAAGAGAUCAGCAGGCCCAAUUCCCCCUCGGAGGGCGAAGGGGAAGGGGAGAGCUCCGACAGCCGCAGCGUGAACGAUGAAGGCAGCAGCGACCCGAAGGACAUCGACCAGGACAACCGGAGCACCUCGCCCAGCAUCCCAAGCCCCCAGGACAAUGAGAGUGACUCGGACUCCUCGGCCCAGCAGCAAGUGCUGCAGGCGACCAACGGCCCCUCCCAGCACCCGCCUUCCUCUCUCCCCGUGUCGGCGCAGCUGCCCACGCCACUGCCCGUAGCCGCAAGCGCCCCCUCGUCAGCACCCCUCCAUGUUUCUCCAGCAUCCCAAGCGCCCAGCCAGCCGCUGGCCCCGGCACCCCCUCAUUCUCACAUCCAGCAGGGCCCUGCCCUUCUCCCCCAGAGGCUCCCCUCGCCCCACCCGCCUCUGCAGCCUCUGACCGUGCCCCAGGGCCAGCCCAUGGUUCCCGCCACGUCUCAGCCGCACCCGCAGCCCCCGCUCCACGGGCAGAUCCAGGCGCCAUCGCACAGCCUCCAGGCCCAGCCCCUCCUGCCUCACCCGGUCUCCUCUCAGCCGUUCCCUCUCCCACCUCAGUCGUCGUCCUCCGCUCAGCCUCAGGUUCCCCUGCAGCCGCAGGCCGCCUCUCACCCCCAUGCGGCGCUGCAGGUCCCAGCGACGCAGCCCACCUUGCAAGCAGCGUCUCCCAUGCAGCAGCAGCAGCCAUCCCAGCCUCCGCGGGAGCAGCCCCUGCCCCCCGCCCCCAUGUCCAUGCCCCACAUCAAGCCCCCGCCCACCACCCCGAUCCCUCAGCUCCCCACCCCGACGCACAAGCACCCUCCCCACCUCUCGGGACCGUCGCCGUUCUCCAUGAACUCCAACCUGCCACCGCCGCCUGCCCUGAAGCCGCUCAGCUCCCUCUCGACUCACCACCCACCCUCGGCGCAUCCGCCCCCCUUGCAGCUGAUGCCUCAGAGUCAGCCACUGCAGCCCUCUCCAGCGCAGCCGCCUAUCCUGACGCAAAGCCAGAGCCUGCCUUCCUCGGCCAGCCACCCCUCCUCCGGCCUCCAUCAAGUCCCUUCGCAGCCCCCCUUCUCCCAGCAUCCCUUUACCCCUGGGGGCCCACCCUCCAUCACUCCCCCCUCCUGUCCGUCAACUUCCACCCCACCUUCUGUGCCUGGCGUCCCACCUCAGGCUGUGGUCCCUGCAUCGGCGGCUUCCUGUGGAAACGUCCCAGUGGUGACGUCCUGUACAAUACCCCCCAUCCAGAUCAAGGAGGAGGCUCCGGAUGAGGCAGAGGAACCGGAAAGCCCGCCUCCCCCGCCCAGGAGUCCAUCGCCAGAACCAACGGUGGUGGAUACGCCGAGCCAUGCGAGCCAGUCAGCUAAGUUUUACAAGCACCUGGAUCGUGGCUACAACUCGUGCGCAAGGACGGAUCUAUACUUCAUGCCGCUGGCAGGCUCCAAACUGGCCAAGAAGCGCGAGGAGGCCAUCGAGAAGGCCAAGAGGGAGGCGGACCAGAAGGCAAGAGAAGAGAGGGAACGGGAGAAAGAGAAGGAAAAGGAGAGGGAGAGAGAGCGUGAGCGUGAGAGAGAAGCAGAAAGAGUGGCGCAGAAAGCAUCCAGCUCCUCCCACGAAGGACGUCUUGGGGAAUCCCAGCUGAGCGGGCCAGCCCACAUGAGGCCUUCGUUCGAGCCGCCUCCCACCACCAUCGCUGCAGUCCCCCCCUACAUCGGGCCAGACACACCGGCACUACGGACUCUCAGCGAAUACGCUCGCCCCCACGUCAUGUCCCCCACAAACCGCAACCAUCCGUUCUUCGUUCCCCUCAACCCCACCGAUCCGCUCUUGGCCUACCACAUGCCCGGCCUCUACAACGUGGACCCCACCAUGCGGGAGCGGGAGCUGCGGGAGCGGGAGCUGCGUGAACGGGAGAUCCGGGAGCGGGAGCUGCGUGAGAGGAUGAAGCCCGGCUUCGAGGUGAAGCCUCCGGAGCUCGACGCGCUGCACCCGGCCACCAACCCCAUGGAGCACUUUGCCCGCCACGGCGCCCUCACCCUCCCCCCCACGGCCGGCCCUCACCCCUUCGCUUCUUUCCACCCGGGGUUGAACCCCCUGGAACGGGAGAGACUCGCUCUGGCAGGCCCCCAGCUGCGGCCUGAAAUGAGCUACCCGGACAGACUGGCGGCUGAGCGGAUACACGCCGAGCGGAUGGCGUCGCUCACCAACGACCCCUUGGCCAGGCUCCAGAUGUUCAAUGUGACGCCGCAUCAUCACCAACAUUCACACAUACACUCGCACCUCCAUCUCCACCAGCAGGACCCCCUUCAUCAAGGCUCCGCUGGACCUGUUCAUCCCCUCGUGGAUCCCUUGGCAGCUGGACCCCACUUGGCACGCUUCCCCUAUCCGCCCGGUACCAUCCCAAACCCGUUGCUCGGACAGCCGCCCCACGAACAUGAAAUGCUGCGGCACCCAGUCUUUGGUACCCCCUACCCACGCGAUCUGCCCGGUGCCAUCCCCCCUCCGAUGUCCGCUGCCCAUCAGCUACAGGCCAUGCACGCCCAGUCAGCAGAACUUCAGAGACUAGCGAUGGAGCAACAGUGGCUACAUGGACACCCCCACAUGCACGGGGGUCACCUUCCCAGUCAAGAAGAUUAUUACAGUCGGCUGAAGAAAGAAAGCGACAAGCAGUUGUAAUAAAUUAUUUAUUUGUAACGCCAGCUGCAGAGGAACCCCGUCCGCGGGAAGAAGGCGGCCGGGAAAUGC